AUGGCGGACGACGAUACCACGGAGUUUGACAUGGUGGACGCCGCGGUGCAGGAUGAGACUGCCGUCAAAGAAGAACACAUGAUGUACGGCCAUGGCAAGUCUCACCACAUCGUACGAAGGAGAACUUUGACUGACUUACCGAAAGGCGGCAUGACCGAAGAAGAGCUAAGCGAAAAGUAUCCGACUCGACCACACAACCAUUCAAAGACUCUGCCAUUCAGCGAGCUGUAUCUGACCCUUUUCAACCCUCUGAAGGAGAACACGAAGAAGCCCACUGGACCGGCCGUUGCGAGAAAGAAAGUAGGCCCGCAUGGCAUGCGCAAGGCACCGAACGACAUCCGCAGAUCAAUCAUCGACCGCUUCAUCGCACGAUGGAGGAAGGAAGUGGGCAACGACAUUUAUCCUGCUUUUCGCCUCAUCGUGCCGGAGAAGGACCGCGAUCGAGCAAUGUACGGCAUCAAGGAGCUGACAAUUGCUAAGCUCCUUAUCAGUGUUAUGAAGAUUGACAAGAACAGCGAAGAUGCCCAGAAUUUGUUGCAUUGGAAGCUGCCUGGAGCAAAGGCUUCAAGCGUCAUGGCAGGUGACUUCGCCGGGAGAUGUUUUGAGGUGAUCAGCAAGCGUCCGAUGAGGACUACGCCAGGAGAGAUGACUAUUGCCGAAGUGAACGAGCUACUGGACCACUUAUCAGUGGCACAGAAAGAAGAAAAUCAACGUCCGAUCAUGGAGCAGUUCUAUACAAAGAUGAACGCAGAAGAGCUGACAUGGCUCAUCCGCAUGAUUCUGAGACAGAUGAAGGUUGGUGCAACUGAGAAGACAAUCUUCGACAACUGGCACCCGGACGCUGAGAACCUAUUCAACAUCUCCUCCAGCCUUCGGCGGGUCUGCUGGGAGCUGUACGAUCCUCAAGUGCGUCUGGAAGGAGAUAGCAAAGGGAUCAACCUGAUGCAGUGUUUCCAGCCUCAGCUGGCGGCGUUCCAAAUGCGAUCAAUGGAGCAAAUGGUUGCUCGUAUGAACGCCACCGAGGAGGAUCCGGUAUUCUAUGUCGAAGAGAAGCUGGACGGGGAGCGAAUGCAGCUACACAUGGUCGAAGACAACGACAAUUCUGGUGGCAAACGCUUCCGCUUCUGGUCGCGCAAGGCCAAGGACUACACCUACCUCUAUGGCAAUGGACUCGAAGACGACAACGCAGCGCUCACUCGUCAUCUGAAGGAAGCCUUCGCAGACGGUGUCAGAAACAUCAUUCUUGACGGUGAGAUGAUCACUUGGGACCCGAAAGAAGACACUAUUGUUGGCUUUGGAACGCUCAAGACAGCCGCCAUCUCCGAGCAGGAGAAUCCCUUUUCGACAGGCAACAGACCACUCUACCGCGUAUUCGACUGUCUGUAUUUGAAUGAUCGUGACCUCACGCGAUACACGUUACGCGACCGUCGCAAGGCACUACGGCAGGCUGUCAACAAUGUGCAUCGCCGUAUCGAGAUUCACGAGGUGAUAGAACGAAAAGAGGCGUCCGAGAUCGAUCCAUUGCUACGGGAAGUCGUCGCCACUCGGGGUGAAGGGCUUGUGCUGAAGAACCCGCGCUCGUCGUACAAGCUCAACAUGCGCAACGACGACUGGAUCAAAGUAAAGCCAGAGUACAUGACUGAGUUCGGCGAGGCAUUGGACUGUAUAGUAGUGGGCGGAUACUAUGGGUCUGGCAAGAGAGGAGGUAAGCUCAGCAGUUACAUGUGCGCGCUGCGUCUGGAUGAAGAGUGGCAUACAGCUGGCACUCACCCUCAGAAGUGCUACUCAUUCUUCAAGGUAGGUGGUGGAUUCAAGGCCGGCGACUACGCUCAGAUCCGGCAUCUUACAGAUGGUAAAUGGCACGAUUGGGAUCCGAAAAAGCCUCCAACUGAAGUCAUUGAGCUGGGUGGUGGUGACAGACAGUACGAGCGGCCGGACCAGUGGAUUUAUCCUGCGGAUUCGGUUGUACUCUCCGUCAAAGCCGCAAACGCGGGAGGAUCAGAUCAGUUCAGGGUUGGCGGCACUCUGCGGUUCCCGCGCUUCAAGAAGUUGAGGACAGACAAGGACUGGAAGUCGGCACUCAGUGUGCAGGAGUUCUUCGCCUUGCGAAAGCAAAUCGACGAGGAAAAGGAGGAGAAGCAGUUCAAGAUCGAUGACGAGAGACGCAAGCGCAACACGCGGAAGCGCAAGCGCAGUGUCAUCAUUCAAGGCCAGGAAGAGGACCUCAAAACUCCUUAUGCCGGACCAGCGACGAAAGUCUUCGAAGGUCUCAGCUUCUGCAUCAUGACAGAGGCACUCGCUCCCAUCAAGAAGUCAAAGAUUGAGCUGGAGCAGAUCGUCAAGGCGAACGGCGGCCUUGCCGUAGCAUCUGAGAAGGACGAAAACACCAUCAUCAUUGCCGAUAGGAACCUGGUCAAGGUCGCCUCGCUGAAGAAGAAGGAUCAGCAGAACCUGGUACGUCCGUCCUGGCUGCUCGACUGCGUGAAGCAGAGCGAGAUCGACAUCGGUAGGCCGAGCUACUUGUUGCCAUUCGAGCCUCAGCAUAUGUUCCAUACUGCGGCAGUAGACGAUAUCAGUGGGAAUAUUGAGGGCAACGUGGAUGAGUACGGGGACAGCUAUGCCAGAGACGUCACUCCUGAAGGUCUGCUUGAUCUGUUCAAAAAGAUGCCGGCAAAGUUCGAGGAUGACGUUGACGGCGCUGAAUUCCUUGAUCAGCUCAAUGAGCAUGGCCAUGGUGUCGAUGCCAUGCCUGGCUUCAUGUUCCAUGGCGUCAAGGCGUACAUCGACGACGUUCCUGCAGAGGUCGUCAGGCUAUUGUCGUUUGCUGGUGGAGAGGUUGCGGAGUCGAUCGAUGACCACGGCGUUACACAUGUCAUUGUCGUGCAGAACAGUCCUCGCCUGGACAAUAUUCAGAAGACUGUCAGUUCGAGGAAGAAGCUACCGAGGAUUGUGACGCCGUCUUGGGUGUCAGACAGCUGGGUAGAGAAGACGAGGCUGGAUGAAGAGCGCUACGCUCGUGGUUGA